GUGCCGGCGAGCGCUAGAGUGUCGCUCUGCACACUGACAGCUGCGUUAAUUCCUCCGAACAGAUAUUCCCGUCUGCUUUUGAAUCUCUGUUAUUUACCGAAAAGGUUGACUUAUGGCAGCUCUUAAAUACGCCGGCAUGGACGAUACAGACAGUGAGGAUGAGUUACCACCUGGAUGGGAGGAGAGAUCUACGAAAGAUGGUUGGGUUUACUACGCAAACCAUGAUGAAAUGAAGACACAGUGGGAACACCCGAAGACAGGAAAGAAAAAGCGUUGUGCUGGAGAUCUUCCGUAUGGUUGGGAGCAAGAAACUGACGAAAAAGGACAAAUAAUUUAUGUUGAUCACAUUAACAAGCGGAGCACGUAUUUUGACCCACGCCAGGCUUUUACGGUGGAGGACGUGGUGCUGAAGCCAAAACGUUACGAUUCAAACUCCGCUGCCCUGGAGAUCCUGCAAGGCCGAGACCUUUCUGACAAGGUUGUCCUCAUCACUGGUGGCAACGCAGGCAUUGGAUUCGAGACGGCCAGGUCUUUCGCUCUCCACGGUGCGCAUGUGAUCAUAGCGUGCCGAAACCUGUCCCGGGCCAACAAGGCAGUCAGCGCCAUACAGCAGGAGUGGCACAAAGCAAGAGUAGAGGCCAUGAUGUGCAACCUGGCUUCCUUCCGCAGUGUCCGGGAGUUCGCCGAGUCUUUCAAGGCCACGAAACUGCCCCUGCAUAUUCUGGUGUGUAAUGCAGCAGUGUGCACUCAGCCCUACAGUCUGACAGAAGACAACCUGGAGUCCACCUUCCAGAUCUGCCAUUUAGGCCACUUCCUGCUAGUGCAGUGCCUGCAGGACGUGCUGCGUCGCUCGGCCCCCGCCCGUGUUGUGGUGGUAUCCUCUGAGUCCCACAGGUUCACGGACCUGUUAGACUCAUGUGGCAAGGUGGACCUGGCCCUGUUGUCUCCCUCCAAGAAGGAGUACUGGUCCAUGCUGGCUUACAACAGGGCCAAACUCUGUAACAUCCUCUUCAGCAGCGAGCUCCACCGUCGCCUUUCACCUUAUGGCGUCACGUCCAACGCGGUGCAUCCUGGGAACAUGAUGUACACCUCGAUUCACCGGAGCUGGUGGCUGAUGACCUUCCUCUUCACACUGGCCAGGCCGUUCACCAAGUCUAUGCAACAAGGGGCGGCCACUACGGUGUACUGUGCUGUGGCUCCGGAGCUGGAGGGCUUGGGCGGCAUGUACUUCAACAACUGCUUCCGCUGCCUGCCGUCCAUCCAGGCCCAGGAUCAGAGCAGUGCUGCCAGUCUGUGGGAGCUGAGUGAGCGCCUGGUUGCAGAGAGGUCAGUGGGCAUUCAGGCCCUCUAAUGGACAGAAGACGGGGACGAGGACGAGGACGAGGAGGAGGAGGAGUGGGGGGAGGCUAGCCAAACAGGAAUCAAAGAGGAAGCAGCUGAUGUUGACUUGGGUAUGAACUAAAAAGAUGACUGUACUCUGACUGCACUAUACAAGAGCUGCCAAACCACAGAAGUCCAUCUGGAUAUGUGACAUCACCACAGGGGCUAAAACACACAACAAACAAAGUACAGGAGGGGGUGGGGGGGAGUUCAUAUACAAUCUAUUAAAUUAACUAAACUUUGGGUCCAACUCUGCUGUGGUAGUUUACAAUGGGAAGUGGGGGAUCAGGAAAAGAAGUUAUAUCUUCCUCUGUUUGUGUCUGUAGCCUUUGUAAAUUCUAAUUUCCUUUUCAGAAAUGUCUAUUUGAAAGAACAAGUCAAAAAAAAAAAAAGUAAAUGACUUAUCUCUGUAACAAUAAAGGAUUACCUAGCAAGCAUACACUCUGUGGCAUAUGCGUCCGACAUCAGCAAUAGUGCACUAUACGGUCUUCCCAAUUAAUGUCUGUAUAUUCAUUAUCCUCUUGUCUAGUUCUAUGUAGAUGUUUAUGUUUCCUAUUGAGAUACAGAGAGCGUUGGUUAAUCAUUGUGCUAAAUCUUUCUGGGCAAGAAGAAAUAAAGAGUAAUGGGAAGGUGACACGCGUUAAUAUAUAAACACACUAGAGGUACGGUUCUUAUGGCUAUGUACAUUACUCUGCAAUAAUUGUAUUUCUUAUCAAUGUCCCUAUUUGUUUUCUGUACAAUAUUUACAGCAUCCUAAACAACGUCCUGGCCAUGUGCUAAAGGGGUGUGGACAUCUUUUUUUUUGUUCGUUUGUUGUUCUCAUUUCUACAGUAAAUGACUCAACCUAAAUAUUAUUAAUCCAUACUCUGUUAAGUCUUUACAGUCAGUCGUUACAAUUUGGAGAUAUUUUCAUGGGCUGAUCUGUGUCCAUUUGUAUAGGAAUACAGCAGGUGGACCAUCUUAUUUACAGAGUCCGGGAUCUUUCUUUCUAAAUCAUCAGUAGUGUUGAACUCUGGCUUUGGGGAUGGCUCUGGAUUGUUUGCCCUGAAGCUGCUGAAGGUGGGCGAGGGGCACUUUUGAGACAUUGUGCUUUAUGGCAGUCUGGGUUGCCGCAGGUCGUUCUUGAAACAGCAUGCCAGUGUCAAGAUAUCUGUAAAAUAAAAGCAAAUGAGAGAGAACAUUCAAUAAAAGUCUGCUUUACA